AUGGGAAAUCAGAAGAUACCCGACGCAUGGGAUGAGGACUGGGAGACACAGGCCGACAGGGCAGCCCGGGCAGAGCAAACGGAAGCCCCCGCGCCCCAAGCACCCAAGAGCAAGGCGGAGCGCUGGGCCGAGCACCGAGAAUUGAACCGCCAGAUAUGGGAAGCGGCCGAGGCCCCCCCAGAGAUGUAUCACGUGGCAGCCACCAGCAACGUCCCACUCACCCAGGGUUUCAAGCCCCAGAUGAAGCUACUCAGCCGCAAGCCGCCGCCCACCACGGUCAAGACCAAGGACCCCGUGACGGGCAUGGAGAGGCUGACCAUCCAGGACGACGUCGAGGAGGAGGACGAGAAGCCACCGCAGCCGACCCCCGAGGAAAUCAGGGAGCGCCAACAGCGCGAGCUCGAGGAGAAGCAGCGAAAGUACGAGGAGACGCGCGCCAAGAUCUUUGGGGAGUCGCCCUCAGGUGUAUCAUCAGGGGCGUCCACACCGGGUGCUACAACACCUCCACUCACAGGGGAAGGCGGAAGCAGCAGGGGGAACUACCGGGGUCGUGGCCGUGGUCGUGGUGGGAGAGGAGGGCGUGGCGGCCAGCGGAACCAAGACAACUACAUCAAGACCGAGGUCCAGGACCGGCGACCAGGGAACACUGGGAGUCCGUUCCGGGAGCUAUUCGAUCCGGACGCCGGCCCCAAGCCUGGGUCCCGUCAGCAGCAGCGCGUGGCCGGCACGGCAUCGCCACCUCGUGGCCCAGAGCACGCGAUUCGAGCGCCCAGGGGGCCAGAUGGGAGUGGACGAGGGGGUUUUGGGUUUGCCAGUCGUGGCGCCAAAGAGGGUUGA